UAUCAAUCCAUUUUCUCGUCGAGAGAGCCAAUACUUUCCCGCAGAAGCCAUGCUGUCCAUAAUCAUUUUCCUGCCGUUCAUCGCCCAGCAAGUCCUUGCUCGACCUCAGCCUUCACCCCGCAAUGCUGGGUUGAACACCAAUGGCACAGACAAUCAAAUUCAAUGGAGUUCUGAUUGUGAUUACCUUGGAUUUGAAACCGAUGUCGGGUUCAGCUGUGCCAAUUUCACGGUGCCAUUGGACUAUAGCGACCCUCAAUCAUCGGAAACUCUCAUCCUGACUUUGACCAAAGUUAAUGCCACCAAUCAACCUGCGAAAGGGAGCAUCCUGUUUAACCCAGGAGGCCCAGGAUCUGGCGGAGCAAGCUUCAACAUAGACGGUGGUGAUCAAUUCCAAACUAUUCUCGGUGGCAAUUUCGAUCUAAUCGGAUUUGAUCCACGUGGUACUGGGUACACGCUUCGCUUCGAUUGUUAUAACAACUCUGCUAUUGAGCGGCUACUCCUGUCUCCGGAACAAAAUCUCGGCAAUUCGUCCGACAUCGCAUUGGGGGCAGAUUUUGCGGCAUCGCAAGUCGUUGCGGCGCAGUGCCUGGAGACCAAUGCUGAGAUCGGAGGCUUGCUGGGAACGGCAUUCGUAGCCCGAGACAUGGAACGCAUUGUCGAUGCUCUUGGAGAAGAUGGCCUUCUUCGAUACUGGGGAUUUUCGUAUGGAACUGCUCUGGGUGCAACCUUUUCCCUUAUGUUUCCGGAAAAGGUAGAUAAAGUCAUCCUCGACGGAAAUGUGAAUGUGGAGGAGUACUGGUCUGGAGACAACAAGCAGUCAAUGGAAAGUCUAGAUGGGGUUGUGCAAGGCUUCUAUGAUGGAUGCGCCUCUGCACCACAGAAUUGCGAACUUGCACAAUUGGCCAACACCUCUGAAGCCAUCGCCGGCCUUGUCAAUAGUGCUCUGGAGUCCCUACGAUACAGCCCGGUGGUGGUCACGCUUAACGAAAGCAGCACCACUAUCACAUACACCGACGUGAAAAACAAAAUGUUCUCCUCAAUGUACAGCCCAGCAAAAUGGCGGUCCCAGGCAAAACUUCUCACUCGGCUGAUUCAAGGUAACUACACUGGGUAUGUUGGUUUACUGAAAAAGGCAUCCGGUGGCGCAGAUGACAGGGACACACCAGACGCUAUUCUCGGCAUCAGUUGCGGAGACGCUGCUUACAGAGCUAAAUCUAUCAUGGACAUGAACGAGUACAAAGACGCCGUGGUCGCUACGAGUCAAUGGGGUGGAUUGGAUUUCGGCCUUAUCAACACUUUAUCAUGCGCACCUUGGCAAAUGAAGGCGAAGGAAGUUUAUGCAGGUCCAUGGAACGCCGAAACCAAGAGUCCUCUCCUCAUAAUUGGCAACAGCUACGAUCCUGUUACCCCUUUGGUUUCCGCUCAAUACAACAACGAAGUGUUCGGCGGAAGCGCGUUGCUUCAACAGAAUGGUUAUGGUCAUUGUACCUUGGCCCAGCCUUCACUGUGCACAGCCAAACUCGUCCGAGAAUAUUUCAACACAGGAGCUCUGCCGGCACCUGGAACGGUCUGUGAACCUGAUGUCCCGCUCUUCUCCAACCAGACGUGGAAGCAAGCAUUUGCUCCCCUUGGCAUCAAUGGCACAGUAUCGAGUACGACGAAGCGAUCUGUUGAUGAUAGUAUCCUCCUGGACGCUAUGGUGAAGCUCUCGGAAAAGUUCCAUCAGUACAGCCGUAGAAGUUAGAACCACCGACCAGAUAUACACCGUGAGGUUUAUCCACUAACAAUGCUUUUCUAUUCUAUUGCAUAUGCCUAAGAGGGUUUAUAUGGAUAAACUAGAGACGUGCUCGAGUUUCAGACUC